CCCCAUGGUUCGGUUCAAGAAUCGAUGGCUUCUCGUAGAGCUUAUUCCGGUAGGCGAGCAGCAAGGAAAUCCGACUCGGCUCGAAGCUAAACAAAUCUGGGCGGCUUUGAGGGAAAGCAUUCAAAAAUAUUUUGGCGACGUAGGUUGGGGUAGCGUGUCGCAUUCUUUGACUGUGAAGUAUUUCUCGCCUACGACAAGUAUUUGUAUUAUUCGUGUUGCGAGGGACCACCAUCGUGUUGCUCGAGGAGGGGUCACUUUGCUGGAUUCGAUAGAGGGAAUCCGAAUUGUUCCAUAUGUCAUAGACAUAUCUGGUACAAUAAAACACGCCCAGUUAUCAGCCAUAGAGCACAAUCGUAAAGUCAUAGCCCAAUAUCGAGCUAGGGCACAGACCUCGGCUUCCUACCAGGAUUCCUAUGACGAUUAUUUGGAAGCUAGUACCAACGAAAUUCAAGCAUUACGUGAUUGACCCACUGUGAAAAAACUUCCUUUGCUACCCCACGUAUCAUCGGGAGAAACUUUUGGCAUGGUCUGUGACUUUUGACUGGGAGCCAGGGAAGAGGGUCAAAUAUGGAAUUCUCGGUUUCGCCUCAAGGAGCUCCGAUAUACAAUUAUCAAGUCCAAAUCCUUGGCUGCGACUGUCCUUGUCAGCAAAGCCGGGUGAAGGAAACAUGCAUGAACGAGGAUGUAGUAUCCAGUCGUCGGACGCGAAUUAUAACAGAUUUUGGCAGGUUGCUCAGGAUAAAAUCGUGAGUAAAUAUAUAAUAACUACAAGACAUAAAUAUCGCAGUAUUGUAUGCUACGAAAACAAGCCAAUUUACAGUAAAUUCCUAAUU